AUGUCAUUAAUCUAUUAUCCAAGUCUUCCUGCAACCAUGAUGAUGAACAAGCAAACCAACUCUGUCCCUAAAAAGAAGAUUCUCACUCAACUCAAGACAAACACAGUGUUGAUCCACCAGAAUGAUCAUCAAAAAGAAUCAUUCCUAGUGAAUCCUAGUGCUGUUCUUGAGAAUCAUCCCAAUUACUCCUCGUCAUCGGCAUCCACACCAACCUAUCAACCCAAUACUCCAACCACUCCAUCCAAUACCAGUCAAUGCAGCAAUCAAUCAAAUGCGAGUGGUGGUGGUGCUUCCGGUUUGUUAUGGAGCUUCUCUCAGGAAUAUAACAAGAAGCAACUUCCAACAUUUAAAAACUUUAAGACCAAAGCUGUGAAAGGAGGUUUUCAGUCAGAUUGGAAAGCAACAGGACAAGGCAAUACGAGUACAACUACCACCACAACUACUACUACUACUCCAUUCAUAUCUCUUUCCUCACCUCCAUCAACGACUCCAAUGACUCUCAGUAACACAUUGAACAUGAUGUGUGCAACCACUACACACAAUUCAUCACUCUCUCAACAAACAGUCAGCAAGAAAACCAAAUCAAAUAAUACAUUAGCAACGAAUCAAAAGAGUCCUCGAGUUGUGUCUGUGAGUAUGUGUGAUCAAUCUCCAAUUAGUCUAGAAAGUGUAGAUUCAUCCACGAGUAAUAAUGAUUUGAUUUGGGUCUCUCAUUCUCCAACCAUGAACCAUGCAGUGUCCAAUGUUGCUGAACGAUCUGUGACCAUUCCAUCAACGACGACAACCACUACCCAAACUUGUCAUUUGAUAUUUUCUAACUUGAUGACUUCAAAGAAGAAGAAGAAACCUUCUAAGAAGAGAUUAUCUGCUGAAGUUUCAACUAAUGUUACUACUGCUGUGACUAUGAAUGCAAUGCCUACCAUGAAUUUUGAGAAUUCAAACUCCAAUUUUGCAAGCACCAUUGUGAAUAAGGAUCAUGAUGCAACACCAAACCAAAUAUUAGAGAAUCAUUCCUUAUCAAGAAUUGACAAACCAGCUCAUAAAAUGUCUUCAUCCUUACCAAGGAAAACUAGAGAACGAAUUACCAUUCAGGAACUUUUGAACUAA